UAAAAGAUAAGGGUUUUCAGUCCCGAAACUAAACUGGUCUGGGUUUGACACCAAUUAAUUAUUGGUCGCCAAUAUGGAUUCUUACAUUGGCGUAUUUUGUCUGGCUCUCUUUGUCAUUACCCAGGCAUUUUUGUUCGACGAUGUUCGAUUUUCAGGCAAUGGCGAAACACCAACGUUCUGGCGCAACCAGGCCAGGACGGCCAUCUUGAACCGAGUCCGACAACCGCGUAUAGAGCACGUGGCCAAGAACGUGAUCAUGUUCCUGGGAGACGGCAUGAGCAUCCCGACAGUGACGGCGGCCCGGAUACUGAAAGGGCAGCUUGCCGGCCAUAAAGGAGAAGAGGACAGUCUUAGCUUUGACAAGUUCCCGUACAUCGGACUGUCCAAGACGUACUGCCAGGACUCGCAAGUGACUGACUCUGCCUCCUCCGCCACUGCGUAUCUGUGCGGCGUGAAGGCGAACAUUGGCACCAUCGGGGUGGACGCUAGGACACACCAUGGCGACUGCAACAGCCAGAAGGGAGCUGAAGUGACGUCCAUUCUGGACUGGUCUAUGGCUGCAGGGAAAUCCGUCGGCUUCGUAACGACGACGCGCGUGACGCACGCGACUCCCGCCGGCCUCUACGCUAACGUGGCCAGCCGAGGCUGGGAAGGCGACUACUACACGCGCUCCGUCACAGGCGGCUGUAAAGACAUCGCGGCGCAGCUCAUCGACGACUACCCGAACGUCCAGGUUAUCAUGGGAGGAGGGCGCCAGUUCUUCAUGCGGGCCGACCAGACAGACCCCGAGCACGGCUCUAACGCGCACUAUGGCCGUCGGGACGGCAGGGAUCUUAUCCAGGAAUGGAGGAAUGGACAGCACAAUCUGAACCGGAACUACCAGUACGUUUGGAACGCCUCGGCCUUCAACAAAGUGGAUCCGGCCACAACGGACUCUCUAAUGGGUUUGUUCGAGUACUCGCAUAUGCAGUACGAGUUGGAGCGUAACGAUACGAACCACGAGAGGGCCGGGGAGCCGUCGCUGGCGGAAAUGACGGAGAAGGCCAUCCGAAUCCUAAGCAAGAACCCCAAAGGCUUCUUCUUGCUCGUUGAAGGCGGCAGAAUCGACAUGGGGCACCACGAGGGUCGCGCAAAGCUGGCGCUCUACGACACCAUAGCGUUCUCCAAUGCCGUUGCUAAGGGCGACGCCAUCACGAACGUCAACGACACGCUUAUCGUCGUCACCGCCGAUCACGCCCACGUCAUGGUCAUCGCCGGAUAUCCAUCCCGAGGCAACCCGAUUUUAGGAAAGGUCGACGACGGCUCGGGAGGGCUGGAGUUGGCGGCUGACAAGAGGCCAUACACCACCUUACUGUACGGAAACGGUCCAGGAUAUAGCCUGGUCCAAAAUCAGCGCCCGGAUAUUACAAAUGUCGACACAAUUGACAAGCAUUACCAUCAACAAUCAGCCGUUAGCUUGGGAUCCGAGUCGCAUGGCGGCGAUGACGUAGGCAUUUUUGCACGCGGUCCGAUGGCGCACCUGUUCACGGGAGUUCUCGAGGAAAACGAGAUCGCUCACGUGAUGGCGUACGCUUCCUGCGUGGGGGACUACACCAAUCCUAGCGAUUGCGCUGCUUCCGCGGCGGGAAAACGUUAAAUUGUCGUCUGCGAAUUGUACGCCUUGAUGAAUAAAAAUUAGGCAAGA